AUGUUAGCUGAAAAGGAGAUUUCUAUGGGCAAAGGACAUAAAGAUCGGCGUCGCGAAAAGCGAGCUCGUGAAAUAGAAGAACGUGAGCAAGACGUUCGUGAAUUAAAACAAGAACUCGAAGAGGAAACCGAACAGAAACUGGUCGAACAGCAAACACGGACACAACAAGCAGAGGAGCAAAUUCGAAGUGAAAAAUCCCUUGAAACAUCGGCAUCAGAUACAGAUUCUGGACUUGGAAGUAGUACUACUAUAUCGACCAGUUCGCCAAAAACCUCCAAAUCUGAACAACAAGAUGAACUAGUCGACAAACUUAAACAGCGAAUGUUGAUUAAAGGUCUUCACAAUAUCGGGAACACUUGUUUUUUUAAUGUGAUUAUUCAAUCGAUCGCACAUACGCCAAUACUGACGACGAGAUUGUAUGAAAUAGUAUCUGCCAUGACGAAAGAAAAUGAAACGAAAUAUCCAUCAACCACAACUGCUCAAUUGAUGAACGUUUUCAAUGAAUUUUCUUCGACUGAUAAAAAGAAACCAUCUAUUGAUCCAAAGCCAUUAUUCAACAGUCUGAUACAAAGAAUACCAGCGUACGAAGGAUAUGAUCAACACGAUAGUCAUGAACUCUUUAUGAAUUUGAUGUUAAUCUUACGUGCAGAAGAGAUUAAAUUAAGAAAACUUCAGCCGAACUCAGUAAGUCAUUCUCUGAAUGAUGAUGAUCCGUCCAAAAUAUUCUGCUUAAUUGGAUGUAAUGAACCCUAUACAACAUAUGAUUCCGUGUUCGGCGGUCAUUUACUGGAUGUAAUUACGUGUAAAAAAUGCGGCAAGUCUUUGAUGAAACUUGAACCAUUCCUUGGUUUAUUGUUGCCAUUGACGGACCGGAUGACAACACCGGCGCAAAAUUAUCGCAAUCGAAGAAAACGUGAAGACUAUAUGGCGAAGACAUCGAAAAAAGAUGCGAAACCAUUGUCUAACAAACAACAGAAAGCUUUGAAAAAGCAAGAGAAGAAAAACUUGAGACGAAGUACUGGACUUGGUAAAAUUAAAGGACGGCAGACAGCAAAAAAGAAAGUUGAAGAACAAUUGCCACUUGAAGAAUCAUCAUCUUCACCACCUACGGACGAAACAGUUGUUGCAAGUACAGAAAACGAAACUGUUAAGGAGACAGCUGAAGUCAAAUGCAAUACAAUCAAUGAAACAACAGCUGUGGAAGAGAAUGAAGUGGAGCGAGCUGAAGAUGAAAACGUUGAUGACGAAGAAAAUGAAGAGGAUGAAGAGGAAAACGAAGGACCUUUGACAACAGUCGAAUCAACUUGUAUGCUUGCUGAUAUGGUCUCGAAAUUAACGUUAAUCCAUGAAACAACUUCUCGACCAUUACCAUUUGUUGAUGAGAGUCUUUCUCAGAAAUUUUUGAAUUACUCGAAAACAGUCAAAGAAUUGCCAACAACCGAUGAAACAGAUGAUAUUCAUACAUUAGAACAGUGUUUUCAAAGAUAUUUCAAGCCAGAAACUCUUUCCGGAGAGAAUUCAUUCGAUUGUUAUUAUUGUCGGUCACUUGAUCGAACACAAAAAAAAGUACUAACAGAAGCAGUUCGUCAAACGAUAUUCUUUCAACUUCCACCGGUCUUACCAUUAUUUUUAAAGCGAUUUCAAAUGUAUGGUUCGUACAGUGAAAAAAUCAAUAAAUUUAUUGAAUUCCCUCUUCAACUUGACCUUACCGAUCGCUGCUCAACUCAAAUAACAUCAAAUAAAUUUCAAUAUUCUCUAUACGCAGUCAUUGAACAUUCCGGUACACUUCGCAGUGGACACUACACUGUAUAUAUCAAACAUUCUGCAAUCGAUUCGGAUGUAUCACAAGAAUCUUGUUCGAAACCUCUUGAUCAUAUCUUAGCUAAUCUCUUCAAACCUUCGCCUGAUGAGCAAUGCCAAACCAAAAAUAGUACAAAAGACUCUGAUCCAUCAUCUCCACCACCGGCGUGGUAUCAUAUCAGUGAUAAUACAAUACACAAAGUUCCUGAAAGCAAGGUGCUCGAAGCUCAUGCAUACGUUCUCUUUUAUCGAAGGAUAUAAGUAAAAUUAACAAUGGGUCAGAAAGUAUCAGUAUCCGACGAUGAAGACAACGAACUGUUCAAUUUAUUUAAACUUCGUCAACAUCAUCAACAACAACAACAACAAGAACUAUCGGACAAAGGCAUUCUUGUCCGAAUGCGACUGAUAUCACCAACCACAUUAACUUCCAAAGAUCGACUAUUCGAAGCGAACAGCAAAUUACCACGCAAAUCUUCGACGCAAAUGAAAGACAUUGGUCAACAUAAACGAAAACUAAUUUAUUAA